GCCGGCACCUGCUUCCGGGAGGGGGACGAUCAGAUAACUAUUUAAGCAAUCGGACCCUCUCUGGACGGAUCCCCCGACGUUUGCUUGUUCGCCUUCCACAUUGCCGGCCAUGGUCUUCAACGCUUCUAGACUGAUCAACAAGACGGUGCUCAUUACGGGUGCCAGUGCCGGCAUUGGCGCUGCCACGGCUAUCCUGUUCGCAAAGGCAGGAUCAAAUGUUAUCAUUGUUGCCCGGCGAGCGGAGGCUUUGAAGUCCGUAAAGGAAGCGGCAGAGGCGGCACACAGGGAGUCUGGCGUCCAGGGCGGAGGCAAGAUCGCUGCCGUGCAACUGGAUGUCUCGGACAAGGCGCAAAUCGCUAACCUGCUCGAUAAAAUCCCGGCCGACCUGCGUAAUAUCGACAUACUUGUGAAUAACGCUGGGUUCGUGCGUGGGGUCGAACGGGUUGGAUCCAUCAGCGAGUCCGACAUUGAAUCCAUGUUCGCGACGAAUGUGUUCGGCUUGAUAUCCAUGACCCAGCUGCUAGUCAAAGACAUGAAGGCGAGGAACUCUGGCCAUAUCAUUAAUUUGGGUUCUGUCGCCGGGCGGGAACCCUACGUCGGCGGUAGUAUCUAUUGCGCAACCAAGCACGCCGUUCGAGCCUUCACUGGCUCCCUUAUGCGGGAGCUCGUAGACACUAAGAUUAGGGUCACUGAGAUUCAGCCAGGAAUGGUUGAGACAGAAUUCUCCGUCGUCCGUUUCCGUGGCGAUAAGUCCGCGGCGGACAAGGUCUACGAAGGCCUAACACCCUUAAGCGCCGAGGACAUUGCAGAAGAGAUCGCCUGGGCAGCAUCUCGACCUCCUCACGUCAAUCUCGCAGAAGUCUUUGUUCUCCCGACAAAUCAGGCCAGCCCAACCAUCUCAUACAGGGGAGGGAAAAUGUGACAGAAGAUAGCUUGAGCGUAUAAGAUAAUAGAUACUGAAGAAGGUAACAUGUAUACUACGGUAUCUGCUUCGCAGGGUAGCAAGAGAUGUAUACUUGCGUCACAACAUAUCAAAUAUCAUAUAACAUAAGAACAAGCGCAUUGUGGUCACUGGGCAGCACAGCAGAGAUUCACGUCUUGGACUUCCUGGACUUUGGUUUAGGUGUUUCCACCUCUACUACUGCGGCCUCCGGGUCGUUGUCGUAAACAAAUUUCUUCACAAUCACCUUCUCGUGUACGGCGAUUGGCAGGGGAUCUUUGGCAUUCGGGACGUUUCCUAGGUCGUCCAAGCGGAGUUCCUUGGUAGACUUGGCAAGCCCACCUUUCUUAACACCUUGUACAGUGCGCUCGGGUUUGGGGUCAUCAAGAUAUAUGAGGGUAUGCAAGCCUUUAUCCCAUUUCACUCUCUUCCCGUCCUUAUCCCGGACGCCCGAAUCGAAUCUCGCUUUCUUCGCUGCAGGGCCCAGCUUCUCUGGGGUCUCAUAGUCCGUCUCAUCUCCCGGUCCCCUUUGAUGUUUAGCAGGCUCCCCCAGUUUGAAAGAAUCGUCCGCGGUUGUGUCACCGCCUUCAUCAUCAAGGCUUCCUCCGGUCCUCCUGGCUCGCCUCUGUGCUCGUUCGCGCCGCCCCUGAUCCUGCUCUUCCUUCUGCUUUUGGAUGGCAGUUUUGACCUUCGUAGUCGGGCUGUCGGGUCUCGGACCAGGCUUUCGCACGACCUCAGUCUCUAUGUCGAUGAACCAAUACUUCUGAUUAGCCUGAGUAUUUUUGUUCGUUAAAGCCCUCAAGGCCACCUGGGUCAUCCCUAUAAAUGGCAUAGGCGCG